AUGGAUCUCCGAGCUUUUGGUUCGUCACCGGCGGCGGAAGAGGCGGAGAAAAAGUACAUUACGAACGACGAUCUUCGCAAACACAACAAGCCCGGAGAUCUGUGGAUCGCGAUUCAAGGCAAGGUCUACGACGUCUCCGAUUGGAUUAAAACUCACCCCGGAGGCGACACGGUGAUUCUGAAUCUCGCUGGUCAAGAUGUCACCGACGCCUUCAUCGCAUUCCAUCCCGGAACCGCCUGGCACCACCUGCCAAAGCUCUUCACCGGUUUCCACAUCAGAGAUUUCGAAGUCUCCGAGGUCUCGCGCGAUUACCGCCGCAUGGCCGUCGAGUUUCGAAAACUCGGCCUCUUCGAGAAGAAAGGCCACGUCACUAUCUACACCUUAGCCUUCAUCGCCGCCAUGUUCGCCGGCGUUCUCUACGGCGUUUUGGCCUGCACCUCCGCCUUCGCUCACCAAAUCGCCGCCGCUCUCCUCGGUCUCCUCUGGAUCCAGAGCGCUUACAUAGGUCACGACUCCGGCCACUACGUCAUCAUGUCGAACAAAUCAUACAACAGAGUCGCUCAGCUUAUCUCCGGCAACUGCCUCACCGGAAUCUCGAUCGCGUGGUGGAAAUGGACGCACAAUGCUCAUCACCUCGCUUGCAACAGCCUCGACUAUGAUCCAGAUCUGCAACAUAUCCCUGUUUUCGCCGUCUCCACCAAAUUCUUCAACUCAAUCACCUCUCGAUUCUACGAUCGGAAACUCACUUUCGAUCCCGUCGCUCGAUUCCUCAUCAGCUACCAACACUUCACGUAUUACCCAGUCAUGUGCUUCGGAAGAAUCAAUCUCUUCAUCCAAACGUUCCUCUUGCUCUUCUCCAAACGCGAAUUCCCAGAUCGCGCUCUCAAUUUCGCCGGAAUCUUAGUCUUCUGGACAUGGUUCCCUCUCCUAGUCUCGUGUCUACCAAACUGGCCGGAGAGAUUCUUCUUCGUCUUCACAAGCUUCACCGUCACGGCGAUUCAACACAUCCAGUUCACGCUUAACCAUUUCGCCGCCGAUGUCUACAUGGGUCCACCCACCGGUAACGACUGGUUCGAGAAGCAAGCGGCGGGAACACUCGACAUCACGUGCAGGUCCUACAUGGAUUGGUUCUUUGGCGGGUUACAGUUUCAGCUGGAGCACCACUUGUUCCCUCGUCUCCCUCGUUGCCAUCUCCGGAGAGUUUCUCCGGUGGUUCAGGAGCUCUGCAAGAAGCAUAAUCUUCCGUACAGGAGUCUGUCGUGGUGGGAGGCAAAUGUGUGGACCAUUAGGACUUUGAAGAAAGCGGCUUAUCAAGCUAGAGACGCGGCUAAUCCGAUGGUUAAGAACUUGGUCUGGGAAGCUUUGAAUACCCAUGGCUAA